AUGGCACUGUUUGAAGUGUUGUAUGGCAGGAAGUGUAGAGCUCCUUUAUGUUGUACAGAAUUGGAUGAGAAACGAGUUGUUGGAUCGGAUUUAAUUCGUGAGAUUGAAGAAAGAGAUAUCGAGUUUCAAGUUGGUGAUAUGGUGUUCUUGAAAGUUUCACCAUGGAAGAAGGUUUUGAGAUUUGGGAGUAAGGGUAAAUUGAGUUCAAGGAAGUAUCGUUCAGAUCCGUCGCAUGUAGUGCCAGUUGAGGAAAUUGAAGUCCAAGAUGAUCUUACUUAUGAACAAGAACCAGUUGAAGUUUUAGCUCGUGAAGAGAAGGAUUUGCGUAAUAAGAGAGUUUCGUAG